AUGUGUGAAGAUGUUACAACUGACAAACAGGUACUGAGAUACUGUAUCUCUCAAAAGUAUUUGUUGCUUCAAUUUCUGUUCUUAACCAAAUAGUACUUUGACUGAACGAAAAAAGUUAUGUCAAUAUUUUGAAGCAGCUAUUUUUCACAUUUCCAGCUUCAUGAACCAGUGAGAAUCUCGAUUGCUAGCUCUGAACCGGCUGUCUACACUCUUCGUGUCAAAGGUGUUUAUGAUUUUGAUAUCAGGUCCGUGAAUGAAUGGAAAGCCAAAACCUGAAAGGAGAGCAUUGAUAUUGUAGAGAUGCGGCUGUCUACAGUGUUGCCUCACCGCCAGAACCCAGAUUCCAUCGGUUCGAUCAAAUGUUCACUUUUUAGAACAAAAUAACAAAAAAGUUCAGAUACACAUUCCCAGAAAACGUGGAACGAGUGGCAAUUGAAGUCACGUCAGAUACUGAUUUAUGCGGAAGAAUAUUGGCGAGACAGGCGGAAGUGAGCAGAUGAUAUCGGUUUUUUUGGAACAAAACGUGUAUUCCAGUGCCCAGUGUUUGAUUCAGCUGGAAUGGUUGAGAUGAGCGAUGUGUUUUACUUUCAGAGUUUCACAAAACGAGCAAUAUUUCAUGUUCAGGUCCACUUGGGGUUUACAAGAAACGGUUAGAAUUCAAAGUGUUCAGAAAAGCAAAAUUGGCCCAACGUUCCACUUGAUCUUCACAGUUUUCCCUGACGACUCGGAAUGUGGAACGAAACCAGGUGACCUGUGUUAUAUUACAUUUUUUAGAAUUGAUUUACAAUUUCCAGAUUUGACUAAUAACGGCUAUCGUGUCAAGAGCGCUUCUGUUAAAAUUGUUCCAACGCAUGGUGAUCUUUGCAAGAGAUGUCAAUUUCAAACAAAUUUAGUUUUUCAGUCGAAAAUACAGUCGCUCUUUUACCCCUCUUUGUUUACUCCAUUUGCAUUUUGAUUGUUUUGAUUGCCAGUAAGUCUCAAAAAGCAUCCAACAAUACAAAAUUGAACCCUUUCCAGCAUACUAUCACUCUAGAUGGCUUGAUCGUCAGGAAAACAACGAGCCAAGCAUUUUUGAGGGGAGCGAUUCUGAAGGAACAGUUAUCGUUAACAAUGUUCAACUUUUCGAAGCACCUAAUAAGUUGACGGUCAGUCAUAAACAGUACGAGAAGAAACGAGUUGUAAAGCAAUCCAGAUAUUUCAAGUGAGGAAUUACCGAUCGCUGACCAGUUGAUUACCUUUUCUUCAGUUUUUUCUACUUUCAAAUCUUCGGUGCCAUGCUCCCAUCUAUGACUACCCUCUUUCAAAACCGUCUUCUUCGCUUCAAAGUGUUGAACCUGGACGCCUGCAACAAUAACUUUUCAUGCGCAUUCGAACUUUUCGGAUUCGACUCGUUCAACAGUAUGGCAAGCGCUAGCAGCCUUAUUUUCCUGGGCGUCGUCAAUCUUUUACUGGUUUUCCGAAAAACGAUUUUCCGUUACUCCGACGACAAACGACAAACCCCUUCUACCCACGGACUUCAUCAGCAAGAUGCUCCGAAAGUUGUGUGCGUUCUGAGCAUGAUUGCACUCGGUGUUUUCUGGACUAUCACUAGCAGUUGUCCUCAGAAAAGCACCAUAUAUCUUUGUGAGUCGAAAAAAGUGUGAAAAACAGAGAAGAAGAGGAUUCUUGGUUCAGAUGUCUACACAAUUGUUUGGGUGUGUUUGUCAGCAAUGAUGUGGAUCUACUCGAAAAGACAUGGUAUCAGAAAGUGGCAUCAGACCUUCAUUAUUGUUGUUUCUUCUAUUUUGGCUGCAUUCACUUUUAGUGAAAAAGUAGGGACUACUACAAUAACAAACUGAAAUGAGAGAAUUCAGAAUUUGGAAAACUCCACCACGAUAACUUUUGUCAUGAAAACUCUGCUUGGAUUGUUCGCAAAUCUUGCGACCGCUUAUUUUUGCUACAAAUAUUGCUAUGAAGUGAGGGUCAACACAAUGUUUCAUUGAAGAUGUUACCUCUUCCAGAAACCAUCCGGUCUGCAGGAGUACCAGUGGAUUCAAACACCUCUGUAUUUUGGUGAAAAAGUGCUUUGCGAUGAGAAAGGAGUGUUCCAACCACUUGAGGUAUAA